AUUUGAGUCCCUCCAAGCCGGAGAAGCUCCGUCUGGCGCUGGUGUAACAGAGCUUCAGAUUCGUCCCUCAGCAGGUUCAUGUACAUCCCGCCCUCCUCGGGGCCUGCCGUCCUACGGCAUCCGGAUGACAUCUCGUCCUAUGCUUCCGGACAUUCUGCAGUGCCUGCCUCCGCCAUCUCCGCGAACCCUUGGCUCACGACGCCGUCUUUGCCUCCCACGCGUGAGCAGGGAAAGGUGAAGGAUGCUGCUCCCACGGGGGUGUCCCGAGCGAGCAUUGAAGCGGAGCUGCCCACGGAGCAGUCCCGAAUGCGGGCCAUGCGACAGGUGGAGGCAGAUGCUCCGACCAUGGGCCCUGGCGUGCCCGGUCCCUAUGGUGCUUAUGGCCCAGCCUAUGGCCCAGCUUAUGGGCAGGCUCCUAGCCACUCCGAGCGCUCCGAGCCACUGGAGAUGCCGAAGCUGAACUUGGGGAACAGGAGUCCUCGCUCCGCUUCGCCCCGGAACGGCUACGAAAGUGAGUUCGACAGACUCAUUCGAGAAAAGUUGGAAGGCCAGCACACCGACCGGACGCAUUUUAAGAACCGCGUGCAGAACCGGGCACAAGGCCACCUCUCAUGGCAAUGGCAGGCCCUCGAUGCGCUGUUGGAUGGCAGUCUAGCCAUGUGGGAGGUUAGAAACCUCCCCCUGCCCACCGGGGAGCGAACGGUCGGGGAAGAUGUCCAGGGAGCGACGGUCGGGAGGUACGAUGGAAGGAACUGCUGGAGCUUGUGGAUUGUUUUUUUUACACCAAACUUCUUUCAAACUACUCCUCUUCAAACUCUGGUUUGCUAAUCACUCAACAUGAAUCAUUCUACCAACUGGAGUCGGCAGCUUUGGUCUGAAUUGUCCAGAAGAACAGAUCUGCCAGGAGUUCCAUCAAUUUGGUGCUUCUUGGACGGGCCCAGGGUGCCCAGCACAUCCAAUCACCAGCACAUGGGACUUUGCUAACCAUUCCUUUGGAACUGCUGUCGUGACCCACCCGGAGCCCGAGAAAGGGGCGCACCAUGUCAUGACCAGCAAUUGGUGGAGACGAACCGUGCCAAGAGCAUCCGACUGUUGUAGGCUUUUGUAAACUUUGGUCCGAAA